UCCAGCAGCAGCAGCAGCAGGAGCAGCAGCAGCAAACCCUGCCCGUCCUGCUCCGCAUGGGAGAAGAGUAUUUCCUGCGCUUGGGCAACCUCAACAAGAGACCCCUUGGCUCUUUCUCCGCCUCUUCCAGCAGCACCAGCCACCUACAGCCCGAAGCCUCCGCCAGCAACUUUUUCCGGGCGGCGGUGCAACAGCUGCAGCAGCUGCCCCAGCCGUCGCUGAGCGCCGAGGAGGGCGAAGCCGAGGGAGAGGCCGUGGAGAGGGAGAAGCGAUCCGAGGAGCCCCCUAUUUCUCUGGAUCUGACUUUCCACCUCCUGCGAGAAGUCUUGGAGAUGGCCCGAGCCGAGCAGUUAGCGCAGCAAGCUCACAGCAACAGGAAACUGAUGGAGAUAAUCGGGAAAUGAAACGGCCCCUCCCUGCCUUGCCAAAGAGAUUCCGCAGUUAGCACAAGAAUAAUUACACCGUCCGAUGUACCAUAGUGCUGCUCUGAUGUCAUCUCUUUAUUUUUAUAUAGCUUUAAACCUAGAAGGGUGUCCUCCGAACAGCCUCUGUCCCUUGACUCGCAUGCACAGCCGUGUACCAAGUGCAGAAACACGAGUGUCGUUCGUAACCUCCCCUACCUUUAUUUAUUUCUCCGUUUCCCAGUUAUUCUAGUGCCAUCGCUACGUAGGGAUGUGUGAGCGUUGGAAGAAAAGGUUCUGAGGAGACAGAUAACUUUUCUGCUGGGGUGGCAGGGAGGUGGGAGGGCGAAUCUCUGUACGCUACUUUAAAUCCACCUGUUUUUUGUUUGUUGUUUUUUUUUUCCCUGUAAACAUUUUCACAAUAAAACAUCUUUUCAGCGCUCGGUCGAUUUUGUUGUGUAAGAGAAUGUUUAAUAUUUAUAUUUUUAAUAAAAGCUGCAAAGUAA